AUGGUUCUGACACAACUUGCAUCAGCAAACUUGGAGGGCCUCUGCUCCAAAGAGCAGCUCGAGCUCCUCAAUACGGUUGAUUCGCUACGGUCCCAAGGUGUCAGUCAUUACAUCUCUUUACCCCAAAUCAUUGUAUGCGGUGACCAGUCCUCUGGCAAAAGUUCUGUUCUCGAAGCCAUCUCUGGUGUUUCGUUUCCAGUCAGCACUGGCCUUUGUACACGUUUUCCAACAGAACUCAUCCUUCGAACGGCAUCACAUACUUCCGUCAAGGUUUCUAUCAUCCCGCAUCAGCCGAAUAAGCGAGAUAAGAAAGAUGCUUCGUCCGAUUUCCAUGAACAACUAGACUCUGUUCAACAGCUGCCGGAGUUGAUCGAAAAUGCCAAGGCAUAUAUGGGAAUAAAGACUCUCGGCAAGGCAUUUUCUAACGAUGUGCUUCGUAUCGAGAUUAGCGGACCUGAUCGCCCGCAUCUCACUAUUGUUGACCUGCCAGGGUUGAUUCAUUCCGAGACCAAGAAUCAAUCGGCCUCAGAUGUUCAUCUAAUCACUCAAAUCGUCAAGAAUUUCAUGUCAAAACAGCGAAGCAUUAUCCUUGCGGUUAUAUCAGCAAAGAACGACUACGCCAACCAAAUAGUCUUGAAGCUUGCCCGUGACACUGACCCGAGAGGGUUGCGUACACUGGGUAUCAUCACCAAACCCGAUACUCUUGCUGUGGACUCCACAAGCGAGAAAAGUUAUAUCUCUCUUGCCAAAAACCAGGAUGUAGUGUUUCGGCUUGGAUGGCACGCACUGAGGAACAGAGAUACAGACGCAGACAAAUGGACUCUGUCACAGCGCGAUGCACAGGAGAAAGAAUUUUUCUCAAAAAGCGCUUGGUCAGCCUUACCCGAGUCUUGCCUGGGUAUUGCAGCCCUGAGAAGCCGAUUGAGCAAAUUGUUGUUACACCAAAUUGCUUCUGAACUACCGAGCUUGAUGGAUGAGAUCUCUAGCGAGAUUGAAAGCUGCGAGACGGAGUUGGGGAAAUUUGGUCAGCCCCGUAUAACUGCACAAGAGCAACGAAUUUACCUGAUCCAGAUCAGUCAGUCUUUUCAGUCUCUGAUGCAGUCUGCCGUUGAUGGAACAUAUACCGACCCUUUUUUCAGUGACGUGGGAUCGAAGUCAGGCUACGUUAAACGCAUCCGUGCUAUCAUUCAAAACCUCAGCUGUGAUUUUGCUAAGGAAAUGGAGGAUAAGGGCCGGUUUUACAAGAUUGUGGACUCUCCCCAGAAGAAUGAAAAGUCCGACAUUUACAUGAAAUUAACAAGAGAGGAGUUUGUCACUAAAGUUGUUGACAUGAUGGCCCACAGACGUGGUCGAGAGCUGCCUAAUUCUUUCAGCCCAACUGUUGUCACGGAUUUGUUCAGAGAGGAGUCGAAACCGUGGCAGUCAAUUGUUAUUCGCCAUAUAAACAAAGUUUGGGAAGCUGCUCGAGUGUUUGUGGACUUUCUAAUUUCACACAUCUCUGAUUCAGAGACAAGUGACGCCAUCAUGGAAGCUGUUGUGAGGCCUAAGAUGAAGGCAAUACUAACCAGCCUCCUCGAAAAGACUGGAGUUUUACUCCAGCUAUAUCGAGACGAUCACCCCAUUACUUACAACAGUGAUUUCAGCGAAGCUCUUCAGAAAAUCCGUCUCAAACGACAGUCGUCACAGUUGGAUGAAAUUUUGAAGAGACAUUUCCCAAAUGCUCCCCUUGAAAGCAGCAGUUAUUCUAUCAGCCAAUAUGUGAAUUUCCAAAGUCUGAAGCGCGAGUUGGUACAAAGCAUUGAACCCGACUUAUAUCGCUGGAGUGCUACCGAAGCUCUCGAUAGUGCUGAGGCCUAUUAUGAAAUCGCCUUCAGGCGUUUUAUUGACGAGAUAUCGAUUCAGGUAAUUGAAACCGGUUUAGUUGCUGAGAUUCGCGAGAUCCUCAGUCCGCUGGCUGUGGCACAAAUGGAUGAAGACGAAAUGGAGGCCAUCGUUGGCGAGAAAGAAAGCGUUCGCGAGGAACGCAGAAAGCUAGAAGCCAAGCUAAAGCUUCUCAAUGAUGGCUCUGAGACGUGCAAAAGAUUUUCGGGGUUCCGAGCUCUAGGUACCGGAGGUCAUCCGUGGAGGGCUGCCGAUUACCUCCGGCGUAGCCUGAUUAGAUUAACUGAGGGUAAAGGUUUUGUAAAACUUUAA